CGUCAUCGUGUCGGCAGAAGAGGCGUUAGAGGAGAGUUUCUGCCGCUUGUCAUUCCCAGAGGAAGAAGAGGGUGUGAACGAAAUUUACCUGUCCGGAGUUACCUGCUGCUCUUGUUGUACAUGUCGGUUGUCGAAUUUCAUCUGCCGUAGGACGGUAAACACUGGCUUCGUUUAGGAGUAAAACGGAGAAGGCAUUAAAGGAUGCUAAGAAGAUCCUGACUCGUGGCCCCAAGAUGAGUGUGACAUCAUGGUUCCUGGUCAGCAGCUCUGGCACACGCCACCGGUUGCCACGGGAGAUGAUCUUUGUUGGCCGGGAUGAUUGCGAGCUAAUGCUGCAGUCUCGCAGUGUGGACAAACAGCACGCUGUGAUCAACUACGACACAAACACAGACGAGCACAUGGUGAAGGACCUGGGCAGCUUGAACGGGACAUUUGUGAAUGACCUAAGAAUCCCAGACCAGACGUAUAUCACCCUCAAGCUCUCUGAUGUCAUUCGCUUUGGCUAUGAUGCUCAUGUAUAUAUCCUGGAGAAGAGUCAACACAAGGUCCCAGAGGAAGCUCUUAAACAUGAGAAGUACACCAGCCAGUUGCAGCUUAGUAUAAAAGCCCUGGAGGCUAAGGCAAAGGAAAAACAGCAGCUCCAGAGCUCAGAGAAGAGCAAAGGCUCUGUUAUCAAUGUCAAACUGCAGGAGAGGGCUGAGCGAAGAGCCCAGUCUCUCACAGCUACCACAGAUUCUCCGAUAUCCAAACCUACUCCUCUCUAUGGCCAACCGUCCUGGUGGGGGGAGGAUGAGGACCCAGCCAACAAAAAGCAGAACAGAGGUGGAAAAUUGCCAGGACAGGAGUCUCCAGAGCCUGCUAAAGACGUGUCCAGAUAUGAGGUCAACGGUUCUCUGUCCGACAGUCAGGCCAAAUCCAUCUUCUCCUUCCACCGGGAGCCCAGCUAUUUUGAGAUCCCAACAAAGGAAUCCCAGCCGCGACCUAUCAAGAAACCUGAGUCGCAGGUUCAUGAGGUUCCCACAAAGGACACUCCAGACCCCACUCAGUGUGUCUCCUCCACCCCCACACCUCCCGUGGUCCAAAGCCAUGCCUCCUUCACUAUUGAAUUUGAUGAAUACACGCCAGGUAAAAUGAAGAUCAAGGACCAUGUGACCAAGUUUUCUUUCCGCCAGCAGCACAAGCUACCUUCCACAGAGGUUGUCACCGCACCCACUGAGGUGAUGUCAGCAGAAAGCAAAGUUGCUGAUUGGCUGGUCCAAAGCAAUGCUAGCAUGAUGAGGAGGAGGUCACAGGCUGAAGACAUGUAUAGCACAACCAGUGACCUAUCACAUCUGAAGAUCACCAUGGCAAACCACCGUGAAGAUGGCACUCACAGUGAUUCAGGGGAUCCUGCAAUCAAUGGAAAUGAUUUCCUCCAGUCAGAACCUUGUAUUGGAUCCCAGAAGUCUCCACAACCCCUGAGAGCCUCCCCACCACAACGCUUCACCUCCCCUGUCUCUGAGGAGCCCUUGUCCUGCUCUCCACCAGAGUCUCAGUCCCUAUCCAGUCUUGCCAAGGCUGAGCCUCACCAAGCCUUUGUCAUUGAAUUUUUUGAUGAUAAUCCAAGAAAGAAGCGCUCCCAGUCCUUCACCAAUAACACAUCCCCUCCUGAGCCCUCAGGCCUCAGGGUCCAGCUGGAGAAGGCGAGGAAGAGCUCAAGCCCAACUGGGGAGAGACAAGUCCCAUCUCCAACCUCCACCACUCCCCCAACCCAACGAUACACUGUCCCCUUGAAGGGCCCUGCUUCCACUGGCCCCCAAAGAGCUGGCUCUCUACGAAGGGAGAAGACAGAGGACCGGAUCAGCACCAGCUUUUCCUCUCGCUCUUCAUCUGUGUCUGUAAGGCCCUUUAGCAGUAUGGGCCGGAGAUCCAAACUCGCCCAGGAAUUUACUGCUGAAUUGCUCAAAAAAGCAAAGCAGUCCUCUUCUGCCAGCUGGGAGAAAAAUACAUCUAGUCCCCCUACAGCUGCUAAAACGGAAAUAGUGAUAGUAUCCCAGACUAGUCCUCCUCCAUCUAACGCUCCCUACCAGCCACAGACUUCCUCUCCUAUCCACCAGCCUGUUCCCCUCAAGCCCCCUGUGAUGUCCCUGGUGUCUCAGAGUGUGGAAGUCAAGAGCCCCUAUGUCGGCCCCAGAAACGAAGAGGACGACAGUCUGAGUGACACAGGAACCUACACCAUUGAAGCAGAUGUUCAAGAUAGAGAGCUAGAAGAGGCACGGAGCAAGAUUGACCAGGUGUUUGGUGUUUUUGAGAGCCCAGAGAGAACCAACCAGAGUGAAGCAGAAACAUCAUCAUUUAGGCCUGAUAUUGUUCAGAUCAGGGAGCAGCAUAGGCAGAGUAGCUGUGGGGAGUUGAGGUCAGCUCCAGAACAGGGACAGAGUCUGGUAAAGGAACAGCCAGCAGGUGCAGUGUUUCAGGGGGCUCCUAAGUGGAUGUCUUGCUGGGCCAGUUUGGCAGACAGCUACACAGAAUCUGGCCCUUCCUCUGGCCUCUUUGACAUCCCUUCCCAGAUGGAGCUGUCAGGAGGGGCACAAGGCACAAUCAUCCACAAGGCCACGCUCAGCCGACACAGCACGGACUCUGAUGGUUCAAGACCUAGGUGCGUCCAGCCGCAGGUACCACUGGGGGAGAAGAGUGACAUUCCAACUCCCAGCAUUCAUGUUCAUUACGACCUGCAUUCAACAUUUGAUGUAGAAGAGAAUAGCUUGGUGGUCCCCAGGUCUCAGGGUGGCCUUCACAGGUUAUCGGUGCAGGACGAUGUAGAGCCUGACAGCCUGAGUGACGCCAGCAAGUCAGAUGAUGGUUCCAUCAUAGAGCAAAGGAGAAGACCGCUGUCAGACGCAGAAGAAAAGAAAAAUGAAUACAAAAACAGACUCCCAGCCAAGUCUACAUCAUUCUACAUCGGGCCAGAGGAGGCUGUGUCCAAACUAGAACAUGGAGGCUCAAAACCCAGCAGUCCUAAGACUGAAAUAAAACAUGUAACCAAAACUUUCUCAACAGCCACCCUGACCAAACCGAGAAGUAACCAGGACUGUGGAAAAGUAAAGCCCAGUGCAUCGGCUCCUAUCCUGGGCCAGGGCACACAGAGUGCAGAGUCCAAAGAGGGCACGGUAUCCCCAUUAAUCAGACAAGAGAGCUUCACCAAGGAGCGGCCUAGCAAUGCCAAAUUGCCCAACAUUUCUAGCCAGCCUUUUCAGAGAGACCCAGACCCUGAAUCAUUCCAGGGAAUCUGCAAUCAGGACACUCAUUCUUUCCUUAAAGAGACGGAGGAUGUUCUGGCUGUUCUGGAGGCCAAACUCCAAGCAGGACAAUCAGAAUCAACACCAUCUCCAAUAGUGGACUCUCUUUCUGGGGAGUCUGAUGUGGAUACCUCCAGCACAGUCAGCCAACAUAGCAAUAAGACCAGGCUAAACACACUGACUAGUAAACCCUCUGUUAGUGGCCUCCAUAGGGAGAGGUCUUCAGCCAGUAUAGCAAGUCAGGACUCAAAUCGCCAGUCCAGUACAUCAGAAAAGAGUCGCUCUCAGGCAGCAGACAGUAACAAUAAGACUGAGUCUGUCAGGAGACCAGUUGGACUGAGACGUAGUGUUGGGAAAUGUGGCUCCACAGACCUAAGUGACGACCCUCAGAGCUUACCUUACUCUGAUCAGGAGUCUAACAACCAUCAAACCCGCAAAAAAUACACAGUGCCCCUUCAGAAGGAGGACGCCAAGACCACCAGAGUGUCCCAGGCUUUGAGUCGUGCCAACAGCUUGUUAGCCCCAAGACCCACCAGAGCGUCCAUGCUCCGCCGGGCUCGCCUGGGAGAGGCUUCAGACAAUGAAGGCACGGAGACAGACAAGCCGUCCCAGGACGCAGGCAGUGCCCCAGCUAAGCAACCCCAGGAAACCAAGAAACUCUCCAGGCUGGAUAUGCUAGCGAUGCCCCGUAAGCGGACAAGCUCGUUCAACACACCGAGCGACACUGAGGUCUCUUCCACCCCACAGUGGAUGGGCAGGAGCACAGGAUUCUCCAACCGCAGCACAGAGUCUGGCGGUGGCUCAGUUCGAAGGGCCUCUACUCCGGGGUUGAAGCCUAUAGAAAAGCUGCAGAAAGCAGGGCUCAACAAGACACCAGUCACUCGCGGACGUUCAAGCAGUGCCAAAUAUGCCAGCAGCACCGCAAGCUCCAGGAGACGUCAGAAAGGCUCUGACUAUACCUCUACCUCAGAUGAGGAGUACGACUCAAACCAGAGCACUCCUAAACACAAACGCUCCCAACCUUCCUCAGCUUCCCAUAGCCCACGUAAUCGGCCUCAGCCUCAGCCGGUGGUCGCCCUGCGUCCGAAAUCCCGCAGCAGAGAUUCUGAGGAGGAGAACCAUGAGGGAGACACCUUCCAUAAUUGGUCCAACCACAGUGCUGAGAUUGCACGGCUGAGUCAAGACCUGGCUAAAGACCUAGCUAUCUUGGCCAGAGAGAUCCAUGACGUGGCAGGUGAUGGUGAUCCACAAAACCUUGGAGUGGAGAGCAGUGCACCUGUCUCCACAGUGACCACUCAUGAACAGCUCGUUCAUCAUAUUCCAGAGGCUGGAUUAAACUACCAGAGAGUCCCACCAAGUUCUACAUCUACAAGGGAACCUGACCAGAGCUCGAGUGACCAUGAACAGAACUGCAGGCCGCGAACCCGGAGCAGAGACGAGGUCAUUGUGGACAAUCUGAUGUUAAAUCCAGUUUCUCAGAUCAUCAUGGCCAUCAGAGAAAACACAGAGCAACUUGCUGACAAAAUUAAGUUACUGUUCCAGGACAGGAUGGAUAUCUGGGAAGAAAUUGAGACCAAGGUUAAUUCUGACAAUGACGUUCCUGUUGUCAAAACCUCCAACAAGGAAAUCACGUCUAUCUUGAAAGAACUCAGGAGAGUUCAACGUCAACUUGAGGUCAUUAACACAGUCAUGGAGCCCAGUGAGCAGCCUGAAGCAUCCAAGGCCUCAGCUUCUGCGGUCUCCUCCUCAUUUGGAGUUCGGCCCUCCAGACUUCCUGCCUCACAAGACUUUAGAACAGUCCACUCUGCCUCCAAACGUGGCGGCGGCCCGAGGCCCGGUGAGAGUAUCAGGAGAGCAGCUGUAACACCAGACGAUCUCAGAGAGGGAUAUUUGGUCUGAGAUGUGACACAAACACGCAGGUUCCACCAGUGCUGAACUUCUGCUGUAUACCCACAAACCCAGGUGUCGGACCACUGUGCACACAAUGAAACCAAGAGGGGGGAAGUGAUACACAGAACUGUAGCCUCCUGCGCAUCCAAACAUACUCACUACUGCACCUUGAGCACUACACCCCUACACAGUGGUGUAAUUCACAGUGAAGCCUGCACUAAACACCCUUAAAAUACGCUCUGUGGGAGGCCUACAGAUGAGGUGAUGAUUUAAGGAAGUACCAAAAUACUUCAGUAAAUCUCCCGUUCACCUCUGACAGGCCUCAAAACUAUACUUGAUUCUCUGUGUGUUGAAGGUCGACCUCUUUAUUUGCCAAUGAUAUGACCAACAUUGCUAAUUUUAAAAGCUCAUUGUACUUAAUUGGUUUAUUUGAAAACCAGCCUGAGCAUAAUCAUCUCAGGGAAAUCUAGUAAAAAAUAAGAUUCUAUGUUUAGUGACAAAUCACAUUUUUGAGGAAAUAUUAGUUGAUUGGUAUUUGUUUGGGGUAGAAAGAACAGCAGUAACACCUUGCAAAUCUUCGUGUGCUAUGUACUUCUAUCCUCAGUAAACCCAAUGCAUUUCUUUAUAUAUUGUUUUCCAUAUUUUUGUCUUUGUUUGCCACUUUUCUCUUUGUGAACCAGAUUUAUCGAAGAAUGUAAAAAGUAUUUAUUAGGGCUCUUUUGUGAGGCACUGUAACUGAGACAACAUGACUUUGGGAAAGUUAGUAGACUCUAGUGCCAGACCAAUUAAUGUUAUAUUACACAGUUGCUACCAGCCAAUUUCUUUUGUAUUUAUUCUGUUAACAUUUCCCAGUGUAGUGACUCUGUCCAGGCCCUCCUCAGUAGAUGGACACUAUAUUUUGUCCUAGUGGAGAUGAAAAUCCCUCUGGAAUGUGUAGUCUGAAAGGUAUGGGACUCUGUAGUUUUGUCACCUGGCAACCAUAAACUCAAGUGGCUAUAAAACAAGAAUUUUCAAACAUUUCUGGCCUCUCUACCUUCUGAAAAGUUUUAUUUAUCUCAAACAGCCGGGGGAUUUGUUUUUUGUUGUGUUGUUUUCCAUGUCUGAAGAGCACAGUUAGCUCUGAGGUUUGGCCAAAGACGAUCAUAAAACGACUGACAGCCCUUAUCUGUGUGUGUACUGAGCUCAUCACAUCACACCUAAACCUCUAUAUGCUUAAGAGCUUUCAGAGCACUGUGGUAAGAUUUGACAUUUCCUCAGUCUCUUGAGUCUCAAGGUCACUUCUGAUGGGUCCUUACAUGACAGAAGUCAUGUAAUUUUAGCAUUUAAGUUGACAAAGUCAAUUGUGUGAAACCGUAAGUCUGAUUAUGAGUUUGUGGGAUUUUUGUUGUUCAGUAUGUAAAUAUCUAAAGAUAUCUGUAUGUGCUACAAAUUACCUCUCAAUCUUGUCUUUUGCACUAAUGUAGUACAACAUUAUCCCCUCCACCUGAUAUGCUGCAAACUGAAAGCCUUUACUCUCUUACGAAAGAUUGUAAACAUUUGAUACUGUCAAGGUUGAAGCAGGAAAGAAGGCGACCCAGCAAGUUUCCCUCUUCCCAGUCCAGAUUGCGCAUGUGAUUGUAAUUGGGAAGUACCUAUAAGUGCCACAGAGCUGUGUGGGAUGAUGUUCCAUGCAGCUACAGUGGUUGUUUACAAACUCAAGCAGAAAUUGAAUGUUUGUCCUUUUUGCUCUUCUUGCUCAAAGUGUUGCUGCUAUUCUUCUUCUAUGGUGUUAGCCCUUUGCUUUACUCCAUCUAAGUCAAAGCUACAGCAUGUUUGAGAGCUGAAAUUUUGAUUGUCAAAUUUGCACCCCUUUUUUUGAUAUUCAAUGUAUGUUUCCUCUCCUUUCCCCCAGAAUGAUUUGGUUGUAAUCUCGCUGUCUUGUUAGCUGGUAUUUAUGUUCGGUUAUUUGUGUAAUUUGUUAACUGAUGAUUUCAGGUUUUUUCAAAUAAAUUUGAUUCACAAAGUU